AUGGUACCAGAUUCUUCUCUUUCCAAUCGUUCACAAUUUGACGAUGUGACAGCAGAUCUUCCAACAUACGAAAAGGCUAUUAUCUCGACAAAUCUUGACUCACAAGUUCCUCAAUAUGCAAGAACUGGUCGUUCCAGAAAUUCCCACUCCAGCUCAGCUAAGUCGAGUUUUACUUCUGGUAAGGACAUGAAUGACAAUCUCUCCAAAAUGUCAACAAAACAAUGGAUUUCGCCGCCACCCCCGCCGCCACCGCCCAUGUCAAAAGAGCCUGAUUCGAAGAUUGCGCAGUCGCAAUUCUUACCUUGCCCACCGCCACGAACUGGAGUUUCAACUUCCAUUCCCUCCCUAAAUUCUGUUCGUCUACCGGCCGAUGGUGUUUCACCAGCGCAGGAUCCUUCGAUUAUAUCUCCCAGGCCGAGCAGUGGGUCAGAAACGCCAUCUCUCGAGAGAAAACUGCAUGGAUCAUCAGAAGUCUUCAAGUCUGUUGAGAAUAGUGAACAUGACUCUGGAAGAAGAUAUUCUGGGCACUUUGCAGAUUCUAAUCCUGCAUCACAGUGGUCAAUGAUACAAGUCGCCGCCUGGCUUAGGUUGAACUCCUUUUCCGAAGAAUGGGUGAUAACAUUCGAGAAUCUCAGAAUGGAAGGAUCGAAGUUCUGGGACCUUGCCGUUGGACCCACUGGACGUGGCAACAUGGUAGCGAUCAUAAAGCGUGUCUACCCAGAGCUAGCCAGGGUAUGCACCAGCAGAGGAGUCGUAUGGAACCAGGCAGUAGCGCGUGAAGAAGGCAGACGUCUUCGCAAUCUGCUGGUCCGCGAUGCGGAAGCAGCCGUUCGUCGUUGGCAUGAAGAGGCCAUUGUUGAGGACCGUAUAGCUGACACUACUCAAGGCGAGGCUUUUGGUGAUGACUCGAACUCGUCGAUAGUAUUUGAGGGAAGGACGUCAACCUCGCGCCCUGGAACGUUUACCCCCACAAGCCACGAAUCAAUGCCGCCAGUCAAGUUCGUGGGUUCGAGACGUUCUCCCAAAAAGCACGGCGCCCGGAACCACGCACGCUCCGCUGAUGCAGAGUCGGGUUCUGGUACAGAAUCUGACGAUGGUCUGUUUACGAUUGCCCCUACCGCAAAGCGAGGGAAUACUGCCGCGCGAGGCCCUGCCGGCCAAUCUGCAAGCAAGCCUUCGCUCUCUCUGGGCUCACAAAUGCCAAAUGUGACUACAUUUAGCGCUGGGAAGAUUGAAAGUCAGCCAGAACACGGAACUUUAUUUGGUGGCUCGUUGUGGGCUGUUCGUGCAACACCGGACCAGAUACUCAAAAACUUGAGCACGCUCUUUCCUGACUUGGAUGCACAAAGAAAUCCCAAGCACCAGGCAGAAACACCAAUCAGAGGUCAGAUCAUUGGUGCUGGCGUAAAUAGCAGUGUUCACGUUGGUCUGAGAGUUGAGCCAUUACGAGUCAUCGUAAUAAAGCAGAUUCGGACCGAACAAGAUGAGAACACUAAUUCCAGUCCACAGGGGUCUCGGAAGGCCGAGUUAAUGAGCUCCCUGAUCGACAAAUUCGCUUCAGCCAUGCGGUUUAGGCAUCGAAACCUCGUUGAGAUUCUAGGAUAUCACCGGGACAAAGGCAAUUCUUAUCUCAGUCUCCACCUGGAAUACGUCUCUGGAGGAACCAUAGAGACCUGUCUGAGAACCUAUGGUAGACUUGAAGAAUCCGUCAUCAGAUCUGUAACGCGACAACUCUUGGCUGCUCUUUGCUACCUCCAUCAGUCAGAUCACUCCUACGGUGAAAUUAAGGCUGGCAAUAUUCUCCUGGACUUGAAAGGGGUGUGCAAGCUUACUAUCCCUGGAACCGUACUGACUGGCGAGUUUCUCGCUGGCGCCGUGGGAGGACACGGUGCAGCAGACGACAUCUGGCAUCUCGGCUGCAUAGUUUUGGAAAUGUAUUCAGGUCGUCGAGCAAUAACUCUGGAUCCCAAUACCGGAAUUGAUUCGAAAAGGACGCCAUGUAUCCCAGAGGACAUCGUUUCGAGGGCAUCGGUGGAAGGCCUUGAUUUCAUGGCGGAUUGUUUCACAGUGAACCGAAAACACCGUCCAAGUGGUAUUAAUCUUAGUCGAGCUUCACGAUUCAGUGCACCAGACCCAUCCUACAAUUUCCUAAAAACAGCCUUGUUUGCAAGCCUUGGAGGUCCUCCAACGGUGGCUGAGGCGUCGAACACUCAACACGACUAUACACGACUCUUGCCAGACAUAGAAACUGCCGCUGCAUCAUCAGCUCCCAUUGAUCUGGAGGAGCUCAGAAUCUUUCCUGUCGACAAACAGUAUAGCCUGGGAUUGGAUUCCAUGGAUCGACAAGAACCCCCUGAUCACAAGCCACAUGAUGUAUUCUUCUCCGCAGCUAAUCCAGCAGGUAGCAGAUCGGAGUCACCCCUAACUGAUACGAGUGAAGUGAUCCAAGGGCCAAUUGGUCCUGCUGCAGCCUCGGCUUCAAUGUAUGCCGCCGUCUCAUCGCCACGCAUCAUGACAGCUGCAGACAUCAUGCGUAAGCGGCGUGAGAGAGAUUCAAGGAGAGGAGAUGCCUCAUACACCCAUACAGGAUCAGCAUCACAGCCAACGCCGUGGUCAACGAUCGGUGCUUCCAAUCAAGAUUCACAGUCAUGGCACCAGCAGGGAGGUAAGACCAUAAGCGAUCUUAAAGGACAUUUAUCCGAAAGAUUUCGAGACAAGUCUCCUCCUCCGACGCGUGAUACUCGGAGUAGGCAACGCCCGUCAUAUAUCAAAAUCCCUCCACCUCCUCCGACACAAGGUUGGAAGAUGCAAGGACCGUCACACUUCAAUAUCCCCCCACCCCCACUCCCUCCGCCUUCUCAGAACGAAAGGCCAGUCAUCUCCGCGACCUACAUCCCCAACAGCGACUCCUUUGGUCCCGGCGUUGGGAUUCCGCCACUUCACGGCCAUCCAAGCAUAAAUGACUCAAGCGUUUCGUACGAAGCUUACUAUUAUCCUUCGGCACCCGGCACUAACAAACAAAGGUACUCACCUCCGGAGUCUCCGGUAUCUAGGAUUUCAUUCUUCGAAGAUCGGUCGCGGUCACCAUCUGGAAUGCGGGAUGAGGGAUACCAAGCUGGAGGAAGAGGAGGAGAAUCGGACGAAGAGAAUCUCCCUGAUGUGGAUGAUGCCGAUUCUGUCGGUAGCGCUGAUGAUGCUGACGAUGAUGAACAUCAUGACGACGUCGCAGACAUCGACGCACUGCUGUUGGACUGGACGACCCUUUCGACAGACGAGGUCAAGGCUGUAAAACCAUGA